AUGGCAAAGAAAGACAACAAGAAAAACAAGGAUAGCAAAAAGGCUAGACUUAUGGAGAAAAAUGCCAAAGCUCAGAAGAAGGCUGAGGCUAAGAACAAGAAACUUUCCAAGAAGCAGGGUGAUGACGACUUGGAAGACAACGUUAAUUUAGAGGAGGUGAUCAGUGCUUUGGCCAAAGAACAAGAGAAUCUUGAAAAGGUUAUAGUUGAGACUGUUGGAAGACCUAGUCGAAGAAGAGAUACGGCUAUGGUUGGGUGCAAUAACGCUGGUAAGAAGGAAUUAUACAUGUUUGGUGGAGAAGUCACCGAUAAGGACGGAUUAGUUCACUUUUAUAAUGACUUACAUGUUUACAACGCAGAUAACGAUACCUGGAAGAAGUAUUUAUCAAAGACGUCUCCCUCACCGCGUUCAUCUCAUGCCAUGGUUUAUCACCCUUCUGGGAUCAUUUUGUUGCAUGGUGGAGAAUUUUCAUCCCCAAAGCAGACCACUUUCCACCAUUUCUCAGACACCUGGAUGCUAGACACCGCCACUAAAGAAUGGUCCCGAGUAGACGUUCGUCAGGCUCCGCCAUCUAGAUCUGGGCAUAGAAUGACUUAUUGGAAGAACUACAUUAUCCUUCAUGGAGGAUUUAAUGACCUCGGUACCAGUACCACGUAUCUGAAUGAUGUUUGGUUGUUUGAUAUUACUACUUACAAAUGGCAACAAGUUGAGUUCCCAACAAACCAUGACGUUCCAGAAGCUCGUUCAGGGCAUUCCCUAAUUGCGAACGAGGAAGGUGCUAUUUUAUAUGGUGGAUAUUGCAAGGUUAAGGCUGGAAGAGGUCUCCAAAAGGGAAAGACUCUGGUUGACACUUGGACACUAAAAAUGAAAAGUGAUCCCAAAGGAGUUCGUUGGGAGAGAAGAAGAAAACAAGGAUUUCAGCCCUCGCCAAGAGUUGGAUGUUCCAUGCAAUAUCACAAAGGAAGAGGAAUUCUAUUUGGUGGAGUUUACGAUUAUGAAGAAACCGAAGAAUCUUUGGAUUCUGAGUUCUAUAACACGCUUCUGAGCUAUAAUUCUGAUACCAACAGAUGGUACAACCUGUCCCUUCGUUCACCCAGGAAAGUCAAGCAAGCGGCGGUGAAAGAGAAGUCUAGGGAUGAAGAUCUUGAAGACAUUUUGAAUGAAAUUCUAGCAAAGGCUAACCUGAAUGAUAAUGAACCAUCUAGUGAAACGCCAGAGAGUGCUUCUGCUGAGACAUCUAAGUUGAAGGAGGACGAGAAUGAAGCCGGUGAUUAUGUGUAUUCGUCCCAACUUCCCCAUCCUAGAUUCAAUGCCACCACAGCUGUUCUCGGUGACCAAUUGUAUAUAUUUGGAGGCUUGUUUGAAAAGGGUGAACAUGAGUUUAACUUGUACUCUUUUUAUUCAAUCGAUCUUGCUAAACUGGAUGGAGUAAAAGUAUUUUUUGAAGAUUUGUCAGAAUUGGAAACAUUUAGGGAGGAAGACGAGGAUGAUGAAGAUGAAGAUGAAUAUGAUGACGACGAUGAAGAAGAUGGAGAGAGUGAAGACGAUGAGAUGGAUACUGCCAAUAACGGAUUGGAGGUAGAAUCUCCUCGAAUCAACCAAAAUUCAUCUGAUGAUGUUGAAAUGGAGGAUGAAGAAGCUGAGAUUCCAGAUCCUACUCCUUGGUUGCCUAUUCCUAAACCUUUUGAGUCCCUGAGAAGUUUCUACGUUAGAACAGGCGCCGAAUUCCUAAAAUGGGCAAUCUCUCAAAAUAUUGAUGCUAGGGGUAAGCAACUGAAAACCAAAUCUUUUGAAUUGUCCGAGGAACGUUGGUGGGAAAGAAGAGAAGCUAUUAGAAUUGAAGAAGACAACUUAGAAGAAGCUGGUGUCACUUCCGUUGUAGAAAGAGAUGGUGCUAAAGGAAAGAGACGAUGA